AUGAGGUCAUCCCGCUCUGAAUGGAAAACUGAGAGUAAGAGAGGUUUCUAUGGUGUAACAAGACGAAAAACUUUAGCAGUUGCAUUUUCGAAACAACUGUUAGAAGAAGUGGACAGUAAGAUGGAAGAGAAGCAAUAUGAACGGAAGUAUAGUAAAAAGAAUAAAAGGGGGCUGCUGCAUCUAGGGGCCGAAGGAAAGGGACGAUGUACAGAACCUCAAGUAAAUGCCUACGGUGCGCCGCGUGAGUGUUUCAACUCCUAUAAACUGUACCCUGUUGGAGUGAAGAAAUUAUUUCGUCAAAAAUUACUCUGCCAUCACAGCAACAAAUUCAAGCACAAAGGUGUGAAGAAGACUGUUACUGGUUGUGAAGUUUUCGUCGAUGCCACAAUUAGGAUCAUUCAUAAGCAAUCCCUUAAAAGGGACAAGCUUAUGGAGUCUUUUCCAUGUUUUAUUGAGAUCCAUGGGUGGCAUAAUCAUUCCCUUGAUUCUGCAGAUGCUCUUAAUCAACUGAGAGUAACAUCAAGUACCCGAGAUACAUUCGAGAGAUACUUUGAGCAAGGUAUGACAACAGCGAUGGCUCACAGACACCAUCUUAUGAAAUUAGAUUUGGUUGAUGAUUUGAGAGGACAAGCAAACAAAUCUGUCAAUCCAUCUCUCAAAUCUGUGGAAUAUAUGCGGACCCAAUGGGUAAAAGAACAACAUGGUGGAUUGAACACGUUGUCUAUGUUUAAUGCUAUCCACAAGUAUGCAGCUGACAACCCAGAAGUACAGAUUAAAGUUGAACACAACGAUGAACGAUUCUGUGUGGUUUUGGUAACUCCCUUCAUGAAGAGGGUUCAUGAACAUCUAAGAGAAGCCUCGGAAGUUGUUUUUGUGGAUGCCACAGGAUCUGUAGACCAACUGAACACAGCUAUCAUACCUUUUAUUUGUGCAGGACCAGCUGGUGCUGUUCCUUUGGCUGUGUUGUUCACAUCAUGCCAAGAUCAAGUAACAUUGACCAGAGGCUUUGGUAUGAUUAAGGAGAUGCUAGGUGAAUGUGCUUUCUAUGGCAGAGGAGCUCCACAGUCAUUCAUGACUGACAACUGUGAAGCUGAAAGAAAAAGUCUAGCUGCAACUUGGCCCACAGCAAACCGUUUUCUAUGUAUUUUCCACCUGCUUCAGCAGGUAUGGCGUUGGCUAUUGGAUUCUAAACAUAGAAUUCAAAAGGAUAAUCGUCAAGACCUUAUGGCUGCCAUGAAAAGUCUUGUUUAUGCUAGUUCAAAAGCAGAGUUUAAUGAGGUGUGGCAGUCUCUCCAAUCCUGUUCUCUCAUGGCUACAUAUCCUAUUUUCAAAAGUUAUGUGGCAUCCUUGGUUGAAAGGAAGGAAGAUUGGGCAAUAGCUUUUCGAGCUGGUACAUUGUUACGAGGGCACCAUACAAAUAAUUUCUGCGAGUCAACAAUGUGCAUAAUCAAGGAUAUUGUUCUCAGUAGAUGCAAGGCAUACAACACGGCCCAGCUACUGAUGUUUAUGGUCGAGAUUUUCGAUGUAUACAUGAGGCAACGAUUGGUCGAUGUGGCCUUGAGUAGGCGGCAUGUAAAGCCAAUAAUCUCGACCAAGGUUGCAUUAGACAGCGUUGAAUUGGUUGGCAAUUCUAAAUAUAAAGUACAGAGCGAAUCUGAUCCAACCAUAAAAUAUGAUAUAGACCUUGAAAUUGGACUAUGCUCUUGCAUGCAAGGCCAAACUGGUGCUAUUUGCAAGCACCAAAUUGCAUGUGCCGAGUUUAGCAUGACAGCUGUGCCCCAGCAAUUUUUAAGUAGCAGUGAAAGUCGCCAUCGAAUAGCAGUUUUGGCUGUGGGUCAAGAGAAGGUCCCUGAUGUGGCAUUUUUUAGAAAGUUGAAUGAGGAUGGUGGGUUUGAGAUCACUGGCAAGGCAGAUAUAAAAGAAAUUGUUAGUGAGAGGACAGAAAAUCUGGAUAUGAAAGAGGAGCCACAGGAUCAAUUUCUAGCUAUGGAAAUAGCGAUACAGACCUAGCACUGAAGAAGUUCCUCGGGCGCCUGGAUUCCGUAAAAACUGCAAACCAGUUGAAUAGUUUGCUGCAUUGCACAGGAAGUGCAAUAAGGAAUGGUGGAGCUGGGCAAAGUAAGAUACCUUGUCAGCCAACCUCCAUCGCAAGACGCUCAACUGGCAGGCCAAGGGGAGCUGCACCGCUGUGUAAAGGCCGUCAUCCGACAGGUGCUGUGUCUUCACAACCUAAACGUCCCCGUAAUUUGGCUCGCAACAUUUCCAGCAACGUGGCCAAUGGGAAAUCUCAUGGCACGAAUCAUUAAGUGAAAAAUUAUUUUUUUUUUUUUAUUGGCAUAUAUUUGAUUCAAAUGGACUAUUUUCGAAUUCAUAUUUCUCACAUUUCACAAUAGUUGUUGAUUAGUGUUAAGGCAACGUAUUAAUUUUAUGUGUUUAUUAUAGCUCUUAAGACAUGAAUUAUUCGAUUUUUAUUGUAUCUGGUUGACAAUGGAACUGUGCAGUUUGGAGUUAAUCAACUUUGGUAUGAUGUACAAUGUGAGUAAUCUUUUGUA